AUGGUUAAGUGUAGUAGCUGCGGCAAAUUUCUUUCGGCGGCAGAGAGUGUGCGCUGUGGCAAAUGUAGCUGCUCAUUCCAUAAGCCAUGUGUAGCAAUUCCCGAGACGGCAACUGUCAAAAGUUUAUGGUUAUGUCCGGGGUGUAAAUUAAAAAUCCCUAGGGGGGACAACACCUCCACGCCCUUGAAGGGCCUCUCCGCAGAAUACACGGUGUCCGACAGCCCUCCGCAUAUGGACGACACGGCCCACGACGUGACGGAGGAGUUUAGAGUGGAUUUAGCCUUAGAAAUCCGCUCAUUCAGGAACGAACUCGGUGGGUUGAGGGCGGAGGUUCGAGAGUGUCGAGCGGAUAUUGCCGAAUUAAAGUCAGUCAUAAAUAGAUAUGAAGAAAAAAUUACAUCUAUGGAGAAUAGGAUUGUGACGCUUGAGACUAACAUGAGUAUCCCUACUUCAGCCGUGGGUACAUUGGAGGUCGCUGUCGCCGAGCUUAAAGCCCAGCUAAAUGAUAAAGAUCAGGAGCUGUUGUCCAAUGAUGUUGAUCUCACCGGAAUACCCGAACAAAGUGGAGAGAACGUCAUGAGUAUUGUAAGGGCUAUAGCGGUCAAGUUUGGUAUUGAACUGGACGACAGGGAUGUUGUGAAAGCGGAUCGUGUGGGUUCGUCGCGGCGCAACAGAAUCUCCGGAGGCGGGGACGCUUCUGGCGCUGUAGUCGGUGGUGACGCAGGGGAACAGCGACCGCGUGCUAUCGCCGUACGCUUUACUCGUCAAACUGUGCGCGAACAGUGGCUGCGUGCUGCCCGAGUGCGACGGGUGCUGACAUCUGGCGACAUCGAGAUUCCUGGCCCGUCACGACGUAUAUACAUUAACGAGCGCCUUACUCGUGUUAACCGUCGACUGUUCUUUCUCGCGCGCCAGGCGGGAUCCGAGCGCCGGUGGAAGUACGUUUGGACUAGGAAUGGCAGAAUACUCGCGCGCAAGAGUGAUGGUCAGCAGUCUGUUCAAAUACGAGACGAGCGCGAUAUAUCAAAGGUUUUUGUAUAG